UCUGAAGGCCCUCACCAUUUAGUCCCUUCAUUCUUCUCUCUCCGAUCAAACGCCAAAACUCGCAAGCAAGAGGAAGAAGAAGAGGAGCUCCACAAAAAUGAGCGGCCACGAUUCUAAGUAUUUCUCUACAACGAAGAAGGGAGAGAUCCCCGAGCUCAAAGAGGAGCUCAAUUCUCAGUACAAGGACAAGAAGAAGGAUGCCGUGAAGAAAGUGAUUGCUGCAAUGACUGUUGGAAAGGAUGUUUCCUCAUUAUUCACAGAUGUUGUGAACUGCAUGCAAACUGAGAAUUUGGAGCUGAAGAAGCUUGUCUAUCUCUAUCUUAUAAAUUAUGCAAAGAGCCAACCUGAUCUGGCAAUUCUCGCUGUUAAUACUUUUGUGAAGGACUCCCAAGAUCCUAAUCCUCUAAUUCGUGCUUUAGCUGUGAGGACAAUGGGCUGCAUCCGUGUUGACAAAAUUACAGAAUACCUUUGUGACCCUCUUCAGAGAUGUCUUAAGGAUGAUGAUCCUUAUGUUCGAAAGACUGCUGCGAUUUGCGUUGCUAAACUAUAUGACAUAAAUGCAGAGCUAGUGGAAGAUAGGGGGUUCCUUGACACUCUCAAGGACUUGAUAUCUGACAAUAAUCCCAUGGUAGUUGCAAAUGCAGUUGCAGCACUUGCAGAAAUUCAAGAAAACAGCACUCGUCCAAUUUUUGAAAUUACCAGCCAUACACUUACCAAGCUUCUGACUGCUCUUAACGAAUGCACAGAAUGGGGCCAAGUUUUCAUUUUGGAUGCCCUAUCAAGGUACAAGGCAGCUGAUGCCCGUGAAGCUGAAAACAUAGUGGAGCGAGUUACUCCCCGUCUCCAGCAUGCCAAUUGUGCAGUUGUGCUUUCUGCAGUAAAGAUGAUCCUUCAGCAAAUGGAACUGAUUACUAGUACCGAUGUGGUUCGAAACUUGUGCAAGAAAAUGGCACCCCCUCUAGUGACACUUCUUUCUGCAGAACCUGAGAUACAAUAUGUCGCAUUGCGUAACAUUAAUCUUAUUGUACAGAAACGACCUACUAUCCUUGCACAUGAAAUUAAGGUGUUCUUCUGCAAAUAUAAUGAUCCAAUAUAUGUUAAGAUGGAAAAGUUAGAGAUUAUGAUAAAGCUGGCUUCUGACCGGAAUAUUGAUCAGGUUUUGUUGGAAUUCAAAGAGUAUGCUACAGAAGUAGAUGUUGAUUUUGUUAGAAAGGCUGUUCGUGCAAUUGGUCGAUGUGCCAUCAAGCUCGAGAGAGCUGCAGAACGGUGCAUCAGCGUUUUGCUUGAGCUUAUAAAGAUAAAAGUAAAUUAUGUUGUUCAAGAGGCCAUUAUUGUCAUCAAAGACAUAUUCAGACGUUAUCCUAACACGUAUGAGUCGAUCAUUGCAACACUCUGUGAGAGCUUAGACACUUUAGACGAGCCAGAGGCUAAGGCAUCAAUGAUCUGGAUUAUCGGCGAAUAUGCAGAAAGAAUUGACAAUGCUGAUGAGCUUCUCGAGAGCUUCCUGGAGAGCUUUCCUGAAGAGCCUGCACUUGUACAGUUGCAGUUACUCACUGCAACAGUCAAAUUAUUUCUUAAAAAGCCAACUGAAGGUCCACAACAGAUGAUUCAGGUUGUUUUAAACAAUGCCACUGUGGAGACAGACAAUCCUGAUUUACGUGACCGUGCAUACAUAUACUGGCGUCUUCUUUCUACUGAUCCUGAGGCUGCUAAAGAUGUUGUUCUUGCCGAGAAGCCAGUAAUUAGCGAUGAUUCAAACAACCUUGAUCCCUCCCUACUUGAUGAGCUUCUUGCAAAUAUUGCAACCCUGUCUUCUGUUUAUCACAAGCCUCCAGAAGCAUUUGUCAGCCGUGUAAAAUCAGCUACUUCUAGAUCAGAUGAGGAUGACUAUCCUGAGGGGGGUGAAACAGCAUAUUCUGAAUCACCUUCUCAUGGAAUCAAUAAUGCACAUACAGCUUCACAUGCUGCUCCAAAGCAGCCAGCACCAGCUCCAGCACCCCCUGCACCAGCUGCUCCGGUACCAGACUUACUCGGUGAUUUGAUGGGCAUGGACAACGCACUCGUCCCUGUCGAUCAGCCGUCAACUACUUCAGGGCCUCCUUUACCUGUUUUACUGCCAGCAUCAACUGGCCAAGGCCUACAGAUUAGCGGACAGCUUCUCCGGCGGGAUGGGCAAAUCUUCUACGGCUUAAUGUUUGAGAACAAUUCACAAACUGCACUAGAUGGGUUUAUGAUACAAUUCAACAAGAAUACAUUUGGUCUUGCGUCUGCUGGACCUCUACAGGUUGCUCAGGUGCCACCUGGAGGGGCUGCUAGAACUCUUCUGCCAAUGGUCAUGUAUCAAAAUCUAUCACAGGGACCCCCGGGCACUCUUCUGCAGGUUGCAGUAAAAAAUAAUCAGCAGCCAGUGUGGUAUUUCAAUGACAAGUUUUCAUUGCACGUGUUCUUCUCGGAGGAUGGUAGAAUGGAACGCACAAGCUUUCUGGAGACAUGGAAGUCUAUUCCCGAUACAAAUGAGAUUGCAAAGGACCUCACAAGCGCCAUCAUCCAAAGCAUAGAUUCAACCAUCGAAAAUUUGGCCGCAUCAAAUGUAUUCUUUGUGGCAAAGCGAAGGAAUGCAAAUAAAGAAGUUUUGUACCUAACUUGCAAGGGUCCUAAGGCUGUUCCCUUCCUGAUAGAGCUCACAGCUGCUAUUGGCGUUCCAGGUGUGAAAUGUGCAGUGAAGACACCGAGCCCUGAGUUGGCACCCCUCUUCUUUGAAGCAAUGGAGUCACUUCUAAAGUAAAUGUUAUAGCUAAUUCUUGCAGCUUGUGUAAGAUUGUUGAAUGACUUUUUUUUUUCAUCAUUGAGUGAAUCAUGGUUUGUAAUUUUUGUUUUUAUUUCUUGUUUUAUUGUAGACUAGUACUUCGACUUUAUAUCCUGAAUAUAGAUAUUGUCAUGAUUCUUGUCAAUAAGUUUAAUAUUUAGAUGUGGAAGGGUUCAAAACC